AUUUUUAAGGAGGAAGGAUUUCAUCAUGCCCAAAAGAGCCGGCUCCGGCACGCGGGGGCGGCAGGCACCUGCUGCGGCAGUGGGAAGAGGGAUCCUGCCCGGGGGUGAAUCACCGGGCGGCUGAGCCCCUGCGUGCUCCGGCCCUUGGCCCCGGGGGCAGGCGAGGCCGGGGCUGGCUGAGCCCGAGGGGUGCUGGGCUUAGCGAGGGUGCUGGGCUCAGCAUUGCUCAGGGCGCCUGGGCUUUCUGUUGAAGGCUGCCCUGGCUCCGAAGCACUGUGCUCAGCACAGCUCUCCUUCCCUGGUCCCAGCACCGUUUCUCCCCAGGGGAGACUUGCUGCCGAUGCUCCUGCCGUGUCCACACCUCGGUGCCUGGCACGGCUCCACUGCUGUCCUGGCACGCUGGGAGCUUGAGGGGCCGCGUGUGUCCCCCUCUCCCCAGCCCAGCGGGGACACUGGUGGGUGGCAGGGGGUGGGGGUGGCAGCUCUGGGUUGUGCCAGGCGACGCCGGGGCUCUGCUGGAUGUUGGUGUUGUGUCUUUCACUUUGUCCCCUGCCAUGAGCCUGGGCACCCGGUCAGUCCAGAGCGUGAGGAGCAUGGCCUUGCCCCCCGCCACAUCUUCCCCCACCCUGCUGUGCCCAGGCCCAGCCGGCGGGUGCCCUCUCUGCCAUCCUCCUCGACCUCCUGGGGCAAGGCCCUGGCUUUUUUCCCCUUCUGAAAGAAGAGGUCGAGUCAGAUCUUCCUUGUCACUCGCAAGCGAGCACAGCCACCCUCCUCGCAGGACCUGGGGCUCCGGGGAGAUGUCCCCAGGAGCAUCUCGCUGCGAAUCCUGCUGCAAAUUCCCCACCCCAGGCUCGGGGGGGACCUUCAUCCUUCUUCCAGACAGCUGCCUUCACUUGGCUCGUGCUCCGUGACGCUUCCCUGGGCACUGCUGGAGGGGGAGGGUGGUCUCUGGCUUGCGGGCCCCCUGCCCUGGGGCACAGAGACCCUCUGGUGUUGCCCCAGCACGCCUAAGCCAUGGUGGCAUCAACUCUUGGCUGUGAUUUGCCCAAGCCGGGCCAGCCGCUGUGGUUUUUGGCUCCCCGAGGCCGAGCCGCGGCGUCUGGGCUGCAGGCAGGGGGCUAAGGCAGGGGAUAGGGUGAGGAUGGCAGGGAUCGCCCCCCGACCCGGUGCCCACCGGGACCGGCAGAGAUGCUCCGGCUUGCCCAGGCAAGCUGCCUGCCCUCCUCCUGCUGCCCCUUGGCCUCCCCCCGCGCAGGGGCAGUGCCCUCCUGCGCCCCCCUCCCUUGCCCCCCAAGUAACCCUGCUGUUUCUCCUUACAAAGGGACCAUGCCCUGGGGUAACUUUCCUAUGGAGAAAGGACAUUUGUUUAGGCUGCCGUCGGCUCUCAACAGAACAAAUUCCGACUCGGCGCUUCACACGAGCGUGAUGAACCCCAACCCCCAGGACGCGUACCUGGGGCCCCCUCGCAGGGCGCCCCACCACCCCGGCCGCCGGAGCGGUUUUCUGGACGGGGACACGGACAGCAAAGGUGAGCAACUACCCACCCCCGGCAGCGCGACACCGAGCCCGGCACAGACCCCCGUCUCCCCCACCUUGCUGCCUACAAAGCGUCGGGGCAGUGGGUGGGAUGUGGGGGGCCAGUGCCUGGGGGACCCCCUCUGUGGCAGGGGGUCUGUAAUGCCCCACUCGUGGUUUCUUUUCCAAGUGCCUCCCAUCGAAGAGACCUUCGAUGACAACAAACACGCGCUGAAGCCCUGGGACACCAAGAAGAGGAGGCAGCAGCAUCCCCACACGGGACACGUCUCUCUCCUUUCCUCCAGCAUAUUUCCGUCCCCGGAUCAGCCUGCCAACGUCCCCCUCAUCCCCUCGGCCCUCAACACGGGGGGCUCCCUUCCUGACCUCACCAACCUGCACUUCCCUCCCCCGCUGCCCACCCCUCUCGACCCGGACGAGACCACCUACCCCAGCCUGAGCGGGGGCAACAGCACCAGCAACCUGGCCAACACCAUGACGCACCUGGGCAUCAGCGGCAGCAUGGCACUGGGGACGGGCUACGACUCGCCAGGGUGAGGAGCUCCCUGAGUAACCCCGUCCCUGCAGUCCUCGCUUAGCAAUCCCAACCUCCAGGCCUCCCUGCGAAGCCCCUCGCUCCAGUCCUCCCCUCAGCAACCCCUCGCUCCAGUCCUCCCAGAGCAGUUCCUCCAUCCCUUCCUCGCUCUCCAACCAGUCCCUGCCCCUCCUCCCCUCUCCUCCUCGCUCAGCAAUCCCUCGCUCCCCACGUCCCCCCGCAGCCAGCCCAUGCAGUCCUCCCCCAGCAACCCCAGCCUGCCCUCCGGCUUGAGCGGCCGUCCUACGCCCCCCAUGGUGCAGGCGUCCAUAACCACCUCGCCCCGCCGAAGGGUCCCGCUCAGCCCCCUCACCCUCCCAAUGGGUGGCGACUCCAGAAGGCAGCACCCCAAACAGUUCUCACCAACAAUGUCACCCACAUUGUCCUCCAUCACCCAGGGGGUGCCCCUGGACACCAGCAAGCUGCCAGCCGACCAGCGGCUCCCACCGUACUCCUACAGCCAGCCCGGCUUGCUGCUGCAGUCCCAGCCGAGCCAGAAAGCCCUGCACCAAGCCGUGCCGUCCCCCCCCGCAGCCGGCGUUGCCCCCCGCCCCCGCCGGCGCGACCCACCCACCCCCCGUUGCCCAGCGGGGGCCCGCCCCAGCGCCCGUACGGCCCCCAGUACCAGCCUAACACCCCCCUGCCGCAGCCCCCGCCGCUGGGGACAGCCCCUGAGCGACUUCGGCUUGGGCAGCGUGAGUGCUCGGGGAUGGGGGGGCACACAUUCGAGCAGUUCGGGAUGGGGGGAGAGCCCCACCGGUAACAGCAGCGGUUUCCCCGAGGAGCUGGGGUCCCUGAGCUACCCCCCGGCCGAGGGAGCCUACGACCCCCACGUCCUCAACCGGCAAAACCUGAGCAACUGCAGCCGCCACGGCCCCAUCCCCAACAUCAUCCUCACAGGUGGGUGGCACCGGGGGAUUCUCCCCCCUGGCAUCUCGAAGGAGAUCGCGACGGCGCUGGCCGGUGUCCCUGGCUUCGAGGUGGACGCGGCGGCGCUGGGGCUGGAGGAGGAUCUGAAGAUCGAGCCCCUCACCCUGGACGGACUGAACAUGCUGAGCGACCCCUACGCCCUCCUCACCGACCCGGCCGUGGAGGACUCCUUCCGCACCGACCGCCUCCAGUGAGGGGCCAGGGGCUCCACCAGCCCCCCCCGGCCCGGCCUGCGGACACCCCGGUCACCACCGCCCCCCUCCACCAAUUCCCACCCCCCACCCCCACCCCUGCCUUUCACUCCCCUUUUUCACUUUUUUUUCCGGACAAAUGGGGCCGCCGCUGGCUCCCUCCCCGGAGAACGGGGCUGGGGGACACCAGAGCCGGUGUGAAUUUUGGGGGGGGGGGGGCACAAGCCAGGCACCUCUCCAGCCCCAUGGCACCCCCAAACCCCGGCGGAGGAGGGGGCUCCCAGCCCCCCGGGGGCGGCUGUACAUAACCCCGUAGGUAGAGACCCCCGGGGAGGGGGGUGUAGGGGGGGGCCAGGCUUCUGUUUUUAUUUUUAUUUUUUUCUGGCUAAUCAUCAUGUUUAAGGAGAAAUCCCCGCUCCCCCACCCCCAAGCUGCGCCCCAUAUGUACCCCCAACCCCCCGCCCCUUACCCAGCUGCCGGGGGACCCUGCGGGACAUGUAGAAAGCACUUGUAACUUUGCCCCCCCCCCCCCCCCCUUACACCCCGAGGGGGAGCGUGGGGGGUCCCAUCUGCGGGUGGGGGGACCUGGGGCCCCAGGACCCGUGUUCCCCCCAAACCCGGGAGGGAGCCAGAGUGAUUUAUUAUUAUUAUUAUUUUUUAAAAUAUAUUAUAUGUUA